AACUAUAAGAGGCUUAAAAUAUUGAUAUUUCGUUAGAUCGCUGAGUUGUAACUUACUAAGAUUAUUGCAGGUAACCAGGAAAUGGAGUUCUUGAGCAGAAUCACUGGUGUGAUUGUUGAUCAAGCAUGUGACCCCAUUAAAAGACACUUUAGUUACCUUGUUUGCUAUAAACGCCAUAUUGACAAGUUGGAGGAAGAAUUUGAAAAGCUAGAUGUUCGUCGGAUGGAUAUCCAAAGAAUGGUUGAUGCAGCUACAUGUCAAAGACUUGCGGAGGCUGGCAAUGAAGUUCAAACUUGGUUGGAAGGUGUAAGCAAAAUUGCACCAGAGGUGAUGAGAAUCAGAGAUGAAGCUUCCAUGAUCUCCACCAAUUUCUUUCUAAACAUACGCAUGCACUACAAACUUGGAAGAGAGGCUGCUAAUCAUAUAAAAGCUAUUGAUGAUGAUCUUCUAAAACACAAAUUUGAUAUAGUGUCUCACGAGCGCCCACCCCCAAGCACUACUGCUUCACUAUUGUUUAAUGAAGAUUACGUGAUUUUCGAUUCAAGGAAGUCACAUGCACUAAAAAUACUUGCAGCACUAAAGAAUGAAAGUGUGCACUCAAUUGGGCUUUGGGGUAUGGGAGGAGUGGGAAAGACAACAUUAGUUAAAGACGUUGCGAAGCAAGCCAAGGAGCACAGUUUGUUUGAUGAGGUGGUGAUGGUGACUAUAUCACAAAACAUUGAUCUAAAGAAAAUUCAAACUGAGGUAGCAGAGUGUUUGGGUUUCCAUCUCAAUGAAGAAAGUGUAGAAGUAAGAGCUGUCAAGCUUGCAGACAGAUUAACGAUGACAGAUAACAAAGUAUUGAUGAUACUAGAUGAUUUAUGGGAGACCUUAGAUCUGAUAAAGGUUGGGAUUCGAUUUCCAGAGAUGGCUGACACUUGCAAAGUGGUGAUCACAACAAGAAACGAAUAUGUCUGUGAAAGAAUGGGUUGCCAAGAGAUAGUUGAGUUGAAGACAUUGUCAGAUGAAGAAUCUUGGAGUCUAUUCAAGAGAAGAGCAGGGGAUGCAGCAGAGUCCACCCCAAGAAUAAGGGAAUUGGCAUGGAAUGUGGCCAGAGAGUGUGCUGGUCUGCCUCUGGCACUGGUGGUUCUUGGCAUAGCACUGAAGGGAAAGAGUUCACCUGAGAUUUGGAAGACAGUGUUGAUGCAACUAAAGCAGUCGAUGGAGAUGGAUCUCCUAGAUGUGAGUAAAGAAGUUUUUCAACCCAUCAAACUAAGUUUCAAUUACAUAAAAAGUGAGGCAGCCAAGUCUUGCCUCUUUCACUGUUGUCUGUACCCAGAAGAUUGGGAUAUUCCUAAAGAAGAAUUGAUGCAUAUGAUGGUUGGAGGGGGCCUCUUGAAUGUUAAAAGUCUAGAAGAAGCACAGGGAAUAGUGGAUGUAUUGCUCGACCAUCUAAAAGCUCGUGCUUUGCUUCUUCAAGGUUCGUCUGAAGGCUAUGUAAGAAUACAUGACGUUGUUAGAGAUGUGGCGAUACAGAUCAGUGCAGAAGAUCAUGGGUUCUAUGUACAAGCUGGGCAAGGAUGGACAGAGUGGCCAGAAAAUAUUGAUCCAAAUUGCCGGCGGCUUUCACUGAUGGGCAAUGAUAUUCAAGAUCUUAGUCCUGAUCCAAUGGAGUAUCCAAGACUGGAGACGUUGAUCUUGAGAGGCAAUAAAAGGUUAGCAAGCAUCCCAGAAAUGUUCUUCCGACAUAUGGGAUCUCUGAUGGUACUUGACUUGAGCUCUACUGGCAUUGAAUCGCUACCAGAAUCAUUCUCUUUUCUAACAAAUCUCAAAGUUUUGAACCUGGAAAAUUGUGGUUCCCUACAAGAUAUAUCUCACAUUAAUGGGUUGAAGAAGCUUGCAAUACUAAUUCUGGAGGGUUCUCCAGUAUCCAUUGUUCCAGAGGUGUAGCAUGGGCACAAAAUCUGAGAUUUGUUAAUUUGGGGUUUUCAGAGAGUCAUCCAUCUUCCCUUGAUAUUUAUUUUUCCAAGGUAUUGCCGAGUUGUUGCAGGCUAGAACAAUUGUCCAUGAACAAGUUCGAUGGUAGCUUUGGAGGGUUGUUAAGCUCGAGGCGUCUAACUCGGCUAUUCAUCUUCCAAGUGGUGGGCUUUGAUAAUUCCUUAUCACAUGAAAUAGUCCCAGAAGGUUCUUGGCCUGAUCGACUUUUAAAAUUUGACAUUUGUUUUCUUGAACGCAGGCUAAGUUAUUUGCUUUUCUCCAGUGAUAGAAGAGUUUUGCAACUUAGUGGUACCGAGAAUUUGGCUGAUUGGGUCAAGGAAUUACUUAAAAAUACAGUAAGUUUGUUAUUAGCAGAAUUCCCUCAAACUCAUCUGAUUUCCACCAAGAGCAAAAUCCCAUUGCUGGACUUCUCAAGCUUGGAGCACCUUCAAGUUGUCAACUGGCCAAAUUUGGAGGAGUUGUUUGAUUAUCGUGAGCCAUUAUUACAUGAACGAAUUCUCUGCCAACUGAAAUAUAUGACAAUAGACAAUUGUCCCCACUUGAGCCAUUUGCUACCAUCAAAAUUUUGGCCACAGAGUAUGUUGAAACUAGAGGAACUAAGAGUUACAAACUGCCCUAUGAUGUUUGAACUGCUACCUUUUGGUCAUGAAAUCCAAGACACGGCUAUUUUGCUACCAAGUCUAAAGAUUCUUGAAUUAUCUGGCCUACGCAGGCUAUAUAAUGUAUUACAACAACGGCACUGUCUCCCAAACUUGAAGGACUUGAUAAUCCAUGAUUGCGGUGUAGAAUGUGUACAUAUAUAUAUAUUUAUGAGGGACACACCACACCCAUGGACAAAUCCUUUACCAACACUAGCUAAGCUUCAUAUUGAAAAUUGCCCAGAGAUGAUUGAGAUAAUGAUCCUCGAUCCUUAUGCACCUUAUGCUUCUUGGCAAGCCCCGUGCUUCUUCCAGGGACUAAGAUAUCUCACAAUUGAGUCAUGUCCAAGACUUACGCAUCUUUUCUCCUACAACCAAGCAACAAGCAUGCAACAUCUGAGUAGGCUUUAUAUACGAAAGUGUGCUGCAUUGGAGGCUGUGGUGAUUUCCAUGAAAAAUAAAGAGGAAGCGUCUGCAAGCACAUCCACACAUGUUGUUCGUCAUGAAUCUUAUAAUAGCCUUUUCCCAAAUUUGAGAGAACUCACACUAUUUAUGUUGCCUCAACUCACUGCCUUCCAUCAACCGGAAGCACUGCCCAUUGACUGGUUAUUUCUUCAACAUUGCUGCAUAGAGAAAUGCCCAAAUCUACAGGAUCCUUUGCUCGGACCCCGUACACCUCCUCAAAACCAAUUGAGAUUUCCAAGCAUAUUGUUGAAGAAUGCUUGAAAAUAUCAGCUAUGAAGAAGGAAGCACAAGACUCUGUUGACCUUUCUACUGUCCAAUAAAUACACGAUCUUUCCACCCAGUCAGUUAGCUUUACCAAGAUUACCUUGAUUUUAUGACAGAUAAUUGAGGAAUGCGAACAAGAUCCUUCUUGUCUUGUCUUAUCUCAUCUUUAUUAUGUAUGAUAUCCAAGAUCUAGUUACUUUUGUACGAGGUUAAAGUUUAAAAGCUACUUUUUGGUGUCUUGGAACUCUAAUGAGUUUGAUGUGGAACUUUAGAAAAAAUUCUUUUUGUAUGUAAUGUAAGUUUUCUAGCCAAUAGGAA